AGAGCCCUUCACAAGCGAAUUAGGAGGGCAAAUGAGAAGAGAUCAUAUAAUGUUUCUAGAGGCUCCCAAAGGAACUUGGAGUUAUUAUCUUGCGAUGCAAAUGUACUAAUUACUAUUGGUGACAGAGGAUGGCGUGAGGGUGGGGUGCAGGUUGUGCUUGAACUUUUGAUCAUAAUGAAUGGAUGCUGGCUGUGAAAGUAUCGGGGUCUACAAGGUACUCUUACAAGGCACAUCAGUUCUUGCAGCCUGGAUUACCAAUCGUUUUACACUUGCUAUGAUGUGGAAAGGGGGGAAAGAUUGGAUCUUGGAGUUCACAGACAGGAGUCAGUGGGCUCUCUUCAAGGAGAUGCAUGAAGAGUGCUACAACCUUAAUGUUCGUGCUGCUUCUGUGAAGAACAUUCCUAUUCCUGGGGUUCGCUUAAUAGAGGAAUAUGAUGAAAACGCAAUGGAAGUGACAUUUGUUCGCUGUUCUUCAAAGUACUUGUGCCAGGUUGAAAAUGAUGUUGAGAUGGUUUUGGAUCCAUCCCGUGUUUUAUACGACAUAGAUAGUGAUGACGAACAGUGGAUUUCAAGAAUUCGCAAAUCUUCACAAAGUGAUAUUGACAAUUCUUUGGAAUUUUCUGAUGACAUGUUUGAGAAGGUUAUGGACAUGUUUGAGAAGGCUGCAUAUACUGAACAGUGCACUCAGUUUACUACUGAAGAAAUACAAGAGCUCAUGGCUGGAGUCGGGUCCCUGAAAGUAAUCACAGCAAUCUAUGGGCAUUGGCAACAGAAGAGGCAGAGAGUUGGAAUGUCUUUAAUUCGUCAUCUGCAGCCGCCAUUGUGGGAAAGGUACCGACAGCAAGUGAGAGAGUGGGAGCAAGCAAUGUCUAAAUGUAACCCUAAAUCCAUUGAAAAGCCACCCAUGUUGCUUUCUGUAUGAAACCCCGGGUUUGGAACUUCCGAAUAAAGGGUCAAAGCAUAGAUCCCAGAGGAGAAUUUCAGUUUCAGGUCAAUGCCAACAUGCCUUGGGAGAUCACGAGGGUUGCCAUUCCUUUGGCAGAAGAUCAAAUGGGUUCCUGUUUGGGGAUGAAAAGUUUCUAUAUUCCUCACAUAAUUAUGAAUCUUUAGAAGAUUCGCCACUGUCUCAAGCUUCACCAAGGUUAUUUUCACCACUGGAUGUUGGUAGCAUGGGGUAUUUCCCAGUGGGCAGUGAUAGGUUUGAUAAGAAUCACCUCCGGAAACUUCAAAGAACCGAGUUGAAGAAGUAUGGCACUUUUCUAUCAUCAAACAAAGCACAGACGGUGAAUUUAUACAAUCAGAGGCUAAUUGGCAAGAGAAAUGGAAUUCAUCGAUGGAACAGGGAUUUUAUUGACUGGCCAAGUCAGCGACAUUACUUCCUGAUGGUUUUUCAAAGA